AUGGCAGAGUCGUUGAGUACAGACGGGCGAAAUCUAGAGGAACAGGCAUAUCUCGAUCUGCUGCAAAGAAUCAUCGACGAUGGCGAGUACAGGCCGGACAGAACGGGCACAGGCACGUACUCUCUCUUUGCGCCGCCGCAGCUCAGGUUCGACCUCUCGGACGGAGCUUUCCCGCUCUUGACGACCAAGAAGGUGUUCAUGAAGGGCAUCCUGCACGAGCUUUUGUGGUUUGUCCACGGCUCGACCGACGCAAAGCUGCUGUCCGCCAAGGGCGUGAAGAUCUGGGAGGGCAACGGGUCCCGGGAGUACCUCGACUCGCUGGGGUUGACCUCCCGCCGAGAGGGCGACUUGGGGCCGGUCUACGGCUUCCAGUGGAGACACUUCGGCGCAGAGUACAAGGACUGCGACGCAGACUACUCCGGCCAGGGCUACGACCAGCUCGCGUCCAUCGUGCACACCUUGAAGACCAACCCGUACGACAGAAGAAUCAUCAUGUCGGCGUGGAACCCGCCUGCGUUCAAGGAAAUGGCGUUGCCGCCCUGCCACGUCUUCUGCCAGUUUUACGUGAGCUUCCCGAAGUCGGGCAGGCCUCGGCUCAGCUGCCAGAUGUACCAGAGAUCGUGCGACAUGGGCUUGGGCGUGCCCUUCAACAUCGCCUCCUACGCCCUGCUCACCUACAUGAUCGCCAUGGUUGUGGACAUGGAGCCCGGCGAGUUCAUCCACGUCAUGGGCGACGCCCACGUCUACUCGAACCACGUCGAGGCCUUGAAAGAGCAGUUGCAGAGAGUGCCUAGAAAAUUCCCCAAGCUGGUGAUCAAAAGAAAGGUCACCGACAUAGACGACUUCAAAUACGAAGACUUCGAAGUCACAGACUACGAUCCUUACGGCCCAAUCAAGAUGAAGAUGGCUGUUUGA